UGUGACUCAGAGUUGGCCGGGGUCCCUGCUGCGCGCGGCACCUGGACAGCGGCAGGGAGGCGGUUUCCCAGCGAGGCUGCCGGGUGACCCCGCAGGCGUGAAGCCAGCUCGGGGCAGGGGCAGCAGCUGGCCGCGGGAAGGGCUCCCAUCCGGGUUGAUUCCGGGGCAGAGACGGAUCUGCAGGUGGACGGGACGCCGGAGACGGCAACGAACUGGCUGGAAAGAGCCAGUCGGGGUCAUUUGACCAUUCCUGGGGGUGAACUUUCACAAUUUUUCCAAGUUCUGUGAUUUUAUAAAUGGCCAGACUGGGUCUUCGGCUCGAGCCCAGACAGCCAAACUCUGAACCAGGAGAAAUGCAUUGACACGGAGUUUAUUGUCCGAGGUGGCCUCCGCGGGAGUCAGACAUCAGUUGUGGAGUGGAUGCCCACGCGGGGCCGCACGGUGGCGGGGAUCCUGCUAGGCUACUCCUUCACGCUGGGCCAGCUCAUCCUGGCCGGGGUGGCCUACCUCAUCCGCCCCUGGCGCUGGCUGCAGUUUGCCGUCUCUCUUCCAUUCCUCGUCUUUUUCCUCUAUUCUUGGUGGCUUCCAGAGUCGUCCCGGUGGCUCCUCCUGCAGGGCAAGUCCCAGCUGGCGGUGCAGAACCUGCGGAAGGUGGCGGCCAUAAACGGGAGGAAGGAGGAAGGGGAGCGGCUGACCAAGGAGGUGGUGAGCUCCUACAUCCAGAGUGAAUUUGCAAGCGUCCGCACCUCCAACUCAUUCUUGGACCUCUUUCGAACCCCAGCCAUCCGCAAAGUCUCAUGCUGCCUGAUGAUGGUCUGGUUCUCCAACUCCAUGGCUUACUACGGCCUGGCCAUGGACCUGCAGAAGUUUGGGCUCAGUGUCUACCUGGUGCAGGUCCUGUUCGGGGUCAUAGACAUCCCAGCCAUGCUAGUGGCCACCACCACCAUGAUUUACGUGGGCCGCCGGGCCACCGUGGCCUCCUUCCUCAUCCUGGCCGGGCUCAUGGUGAUCUCCAACAUGUUUGUGCCAGAAGGCAGAUGGGGAUGGGCUUCGUCUCGGUCAGCGCCCGCCUUGGGGGCCUGGCAGCACCCCUGGUCACCACUCUUGGGGAGUUCAGCGCUGUCCUCCCGCCCGUGGGCUUCGGGGCCACCGCCAUCCUGGCUGGGCUGGCCAUCUGCCUCCUGGCUGAGACCCGCAACAUGCCCCUGCUGGAGACCAUCGAGGCGAUGGAGAGGAGAGUCAAAGACGGCUCCUCCAAGAAGGAGGCGGAGGAAAAGAGUGAAGAAAUUUCCCUUCAGCAGCUGGGUGCGUCUCCCCUCAAGGAGACCAUCUAGGCUGCCCAGAGCCUCACUGUGUCCAGACAGCACCCAGGGCUUCUCCCAGCAUGGGCCGGGUCAGGCGUGGCCCAGGACUGCAGUGGUUCUACAAGCUCAGGCCAGCGAGCUGCCCACCUGCCAGGCCAGGCCUGCCCGGGGUGCUGACCCGCAGUGGCCAAUCGGCACGAGCACGUGUGAUCACCAGGAGAAAUAUACCCAGGGACUAACGGGGGGCUGCUCUCCUCUCCCAUCCCAGGAUCGGCCUCAUGAAACCACUCUGCUCAUUCCUGUUCUCAUAACACUAGGUCUCGGCCGGGUCAGCCACAUUUCCACCCGGUUGGUUGUCCUUGGAACAGCCCCGCCUUGGGCGUCCCCGAGGAACACCCAGAGCUCAUCCCGCUCCCCUCACUGGGCAUCUGCUCUCUCCCACUUUGGACCAUUAAAGCUCACACCCCUGUCUGUGUGGUUUCCCUCUUCCGGCAGCUGCCCCCUCUGUGGGCCUCACAAAUGGUGCACACUCAAUAAACAGUGAUGAG